GCGGGUUUUUUUUUACACCGGAAUACGGGUGAUGGUUAAGGGGGAAAAAACAACAACAGCAACGCCUGCUAGCAGCUACUCAAGCCUCAUGCGGAAUAUAAAGUACAUUAAUCGAAGAAUCGAAUCAAGUCACGCUGGAAGGACACGAUUAAUAACACUGAAACCAUGAACGAAAAAAGGAAUAAUUUAGCAUCGUUAUUGCACUUGGCAGUAAACGAGACGGAUGUCAGGACGGUGGAGAGUCUACUGCAGAGCGGUGCAGAACCCAACCUGGUGCUCGAGGGAGGCGUGGCCGCGGUGCACCUGGCUGCAGGGAAGGAAUCGGAGAAAGGACUCCGGUGCCUUAAAGUGCUCCUGCAGAACGGCGCUGAUCCAAACCUCAGGUCUGGUGAGGAUCUGACUCCGUUACACAUCGCAGCGUUAUGGGGUUGUUAUCAGAACCUCAAACUCCUGCUGAAGAACGGAGGAGACCCGAGUCUGAGAGACCAGGGUGGGAGUAAGGCAGUGGAUCUGGCAGAACAGGAGGAAAACAGUAAAUGUGCCAGCAUUCUUCAGGAAUAUGAGUCUCACACGCCCCAAACCGGAUAUGAGGAUCUGCCCAAAUUCCAAUACUCGCUGUACUCGGGCCACUCGAUGAGAGACUGCAGCGGGGACUUGACGCUGACGAGCGAUUUCGGAGAUGCGCCGCUCAGCAGCACCCGAUAUUCCUCGUUUUACAGGAAAUCCGAGACUGAUGGACUGCGAAAGGCCAGAGACCGUAACGAGUCCUGGCUCUCUGACGUCUCUGGUUUCAAUGCGCGUCCUAGCGACAUGUUUAACAGAGAAGAAGUGGGCGGUUCUCUUCCUCCGGUUCUCUCCAGUACUCGCCUGUCGGGGACGAACUUUAAAAAGAGUCCGGAAGCGGCCCAGCCGGCCGUUUUUUUCACACCGGGCCGGAAGAGCGUCACCUUCCGAGACUACGACGAGUAUUUUCCAGAUUUGAAACAAAACGAUGACGACGCCAGCGAGUCCAGGGACUCGACGGUCGAUUUCUCGCUGUACCCCGACUUCUUGCACUCGGAGCGCAUGACUACCGUGCUGCAGAAUCAGGGGAUUGACGUGACGUCUCCGGACGACGUGUUUGUGUUCUGCAGAGAAGGAAACACCACAGAGGAUUUUGAUAAGACCGUAGCGGGAGGGACGGGUCUAGGGGAGGAGGACGAGGAUAACGAAGAUGGCGUGUUUGUCGAUGAAGUAGACGAGCCGGAACGUGCCGCUCACGCCGCCGUCAGCAGUAACAGUGGGUCGAGUCAGUACAGCAGCUGCGACAGCGAGCCGUACAAGACCACCGUCGAAGCCCCGCUACCUUCUGAAAACAUCUCGCCUUCGGAUCAAGAUGGAUGGACAAAAGGAAGUACAGACUCUGACAAUGAGAAGAAGGAAGAACUUAAUUUGCAGUCGCGAGCGUGUGAGGACAUGAUUAACGAGCUGUCGUUCACUCCGAGUCCGUUCGUGACGGGCAGGACCCGCUCACGACUCAGUCGCUGCUCCCAGAGAAACAGCGUCUCGUCUUUUUCCGCCUCGUCUCUGUUCGAGCAGACGCUCCCUACGCCGACACGAGUUCGCCGAGACCUUACUCAAUCGGACAAACCUCGGCGGAGACGUCCGUCUGAAGACGACAGAGUAUCGGAUCUCGAUUCGCACAUGGCGAGCCUGUGCGUUUCUUCACAAGUUCACGGAAGCCAAGCAGAUACUCUGAUUAUCUCAGGAAGCCUGGCAGAUACCGUCAUCAUUCCGAGAGGUGCCCCUGAUGAGAGCUCGGGACCAUCUUCAUCAUCAUGCUACCACAAGGAGGACGUGUUCACAGACGACAAGGAGUUUUUAACUUCAGAUGUUUCCGCUUCCAGUGCGGAAACACGCAAAAACGCCACUUCUGAAGAUUCCUCCUCCAGCUCAGAGUCGAGUUCCAGCCUCGGUCACGCGCUCGAGAUGCCGUCCACCGGCUGCACGCCGAGAUACAGCAUGAGCCGGAUCUGCAACCGUUCCCAAACCCAGUCGCUCGCAAACCUGUCCUACACCCCCGGAGGACGUCCUCUCAUCACUGACACGGACGAACCGGUGGAGUAUCUGUACACUGAUACCGAGGAGGGACACGAGCUGAUCGAGACACACGUCCCUCCGACGUCCAACACGUCUCUAAGCUCCUCUGUCAGCGAGGAGACCGUCAUCUACGACUGGCGCUCGGUUCCGACCGCGUCCACAAGUCCGGAGAAGGGAAAAGAAAACCGCUGUCCUAACGACACGGUGGAGACAGCGGAGAUCUCAUGGGCGGACGGGUUGACGGACCGAGAUCUCAGACGCAAACUCGCCGAAUUGGGAGAGAAACCCGGACCCAUCAACAGAGACACGCGCCACCUGUACGUUCAGAAAUUACGAUCACUGCAGAAGAGACACGUUAGUCAGAAAUCAGUGCAGGACGAGCCGACCGCAGUCACAGGUUACAGUCCGGAGCUGAAUAAAGCGUUGUGUUCCUUCCACCUGCCCGACUGUAAAGCUGACGAGUUUGCGUUGUGUGAGCAGUUCGAUCAGCCUGAUCAGAAAAAACGCUGGCGUGAAGGCGUCAUAAAGUCCAGCUUCAACUACCUGUUACUCGACCCCAGAGUGACGAAGAACCUGCCGUACCGCAGUCAGGCGAUGACUCCUCACGAGUGUUUCCAGACUUUCAUCAGCUCCAUUUUCUACGUGGGAAAAGGCAAACGCUCUCGACCGUACAGCCACCUGUACGAAGCCCUGGAGUAUUUCAAAGGAGACAAAUCAUCCAAGAAGCUCUGCUCGAAGGUGCAGCACAUCCUGCAGGUGUGGAACUGCGGCCACGGCGUCAUCUCGCUGCACUGCUUCCAGAACGUCAUUCCUGUGGAGGCGUACACGCGCGAGGCCUGCAUGGUGGACGCCAUCAGUCUGAAGAUGUUGACCAAUCAGAAGCGAGGGGAUUAUUAUGGGACGGUCUCCACCUGGCCUGCUAAGAGGCAGCGUGAGCUCGGGGUUCACCUGCUGUACAGAACCAUGCAGAUCUUCCUGGCUGAGGGAGAGAGACAGCUCCGACCGGCCGAUAUCAGGCGAUGAUGUCACGCGCUGUCUGUAUGACGCGGAGCAUUACAGAGCACUUUGGGUUAAAGCUACUCCGAGUGCACUGCAGAGAUCUUACUCCAUCAGCCAUCAAACACUGUUCCCGCUUCUGUUCUAGUGCCCUAUUCCCUAGGGUACAUUAUGUAGGCACUUAACCUAAGCAGUGCAUUAUGGGAUAUCCUCAUGGGUUGCUUGUACUCCAGUAUGAGUUCAGACAUGAUAACAAAAAAGGCAAAAGUAGUACACUAUAUAGUCACUAAGUCCAUAAACUGCAUUCUGAUUGGCUGAAAUACGUACAAACACUAACACACGUGUGGCUGUGUCUCAAAUACUGUCCACACUGUCAGAUCUAUACUAGAUCUUCUCCAGCUGUUACAGUAAACGACAGGAUGGUGUGAUGAAGGAAACAGUCGUUCUUACCAGCCUUCUCGUCUCUCUUUUUCCUCUAGCUUAACGUUAAUAAGACAAAAAACUAAACGCAGCUUGUCGUGUUAGCGAGAAACAGCGAAGAAGCGUAAACUCCUCCGUCCUGAAGAUGCCGGAAAAGGUUACAGCUUCAACUCUGACUGUUACACAGCACUGACACUGGAGACUCAUUCCGUAAAACGUUAAAAAAAACCCCGUCUCCACACAGAAAACUUCAUAUCAACGAUUUUUGUUACUAUGGAAACGGUAACACAUUAGAAUAACGAGUACAUUCAUACACAGUAAGCAUGUGAUUUGCAGAUUUACUGAGCGCUGCUGUUAUAGAAAAUGAAUCAACACCUUCUCUACCAAUCAGAGUGCAGAACUGAGCAGUGACCUGUGGAACAGUGUUUAAUGACUGAUGGAAUGAAAUGAGUUAUUGUAUAGUGCACUCUGUAGCGUUAGCUUUCAUUUAUCACAUCACAGAACACAAUCCGGUUACAGCUCAAGAAACCCUUAAAAAACUACCGAGAGUUCCUAAGAAUCAUGAACAUUCCCCUGGGACAAGGCCAGUGAAGUUAAACUGCAGCUAAAAUGAAACAGUAAUAUUGUUUAAAGAGCUUAAAAUGUUCAGCAUUAUUCACAUCGUCAGAUUCAGAGUAACAGGAGACAACAGGGAUGAACAUGUCUACAAAUUGUGUUACUGUUUUGUUAUUAAUGAAUUAUUCAUGAUUAUGGAAUGUAGAUGGUUUAAAUGAAGUUUUGUGAGAUGAUGAUAACUGGAGAAAACACCACCUGCUGUAUGAAGUGGACUGAGGACACAUUUUAAAUCAAUAAUAAGAGCCAUCAUUGGGGAAAACACUUAAUUAAAUAAUGAAUAUUCAUUAAACACACACACACACACACACACACACACACACACAUCUCAUGUUAGUCCUGUAGUUAUAGUCAUAGUGUUAGAAAUGAAUGAAUGAGAUUUACACCACUGGGCUUUUUAUUUUUUAUUGUUGGAUCAUAAAUGUGAAGAUAAAUGAAGAAAAUUUGAAUGUAAAUAAAGUCAAACAGAAUGUAAUAACAUGAAAUUCAUAAACGGUGAUCGCCACAGUUGGCUGAUCUUAUGUCUUUUCCGCAAAUUGUUGAAUACACACGAUUACAUUAAAAUACAGCCUUACGAACAAAUUUAGAUUCUGAAGUUCAGUUUGAAAAAGUAAGAGUUAUUUACAGAUUCUGAAUUCUCAUGCUACAGAGAUCACGCGACGUGGGCGGGGUUUGUAAAUGAUAUAUAAUGUUUUGUGAUAUUGUGUUAAUUGUUUUGUUAAUUUUCCUUUUCUUCUUUUAGAAAACUCAGAUUUUUUUUGUUGUCUGGUUGUGUGUGUGUGUGUGUGUGUGUGUGUGUGUGUGUGUGUGGUAGGGAUGUAAAAAUAAAUGUUUUAAUAGUUGUUUACUCGUGAAUGAAUCGACAGAUAUUCAGUAUGUUUGUUUGUUUCAGUAAUGUGAAACAGAACUGUGAGGAACAUUUAAUGAGGCUAACAUUUUUUUUACCUUUGUGUAUGGAUGUGCUGUAAAAUUCAUCUCUGUUGUGUACAGACUGCGUUAUAUAAUACUUCUACUCUUCUGUAUGUCUGUAGUCAUUUUUUAAUAAUCUAUGUGAUUGAUUAUUCAGGCUAAUCACUGCAGCAGAAUGCUUCUUUAUGAUAUGUAUGGCCCUUAGUUUAUGAUUUUCUUAUUUAGAUAAAAUAUUUUAUUCCUUGUAUAUACAUACAGUAUACGUCCCACUUGUAUUCACUAAAACUUACCAUUAAAAUGCUAAAUGAUUCUGAAUAUUAAGAGAACUCAUCUGGAACUUGAGUCCCGCUAUGAGGUCUGGAUCCUGUAGGGCAGAGGUUCUCAACCUUUUGUAACUACCCCCCCCCCCCCCCCCCCCGCCAUACCUCUCCUAUCAUGUGGCAUAUAUAUACAUCCUAAUCUAUAAUCUGUUUUUGAUAGAUAGAUUGAUAUUUUGGCGUUUGUGGGUUUUUUUUUUAUUUUACUUUUUUAAUUACUUUUCAUAACUUGUGAUUUUUAAAAAUAACUUUUAUAAAACUAUAUACAGGUGUGGAACAUGAAUGAUCAAAAAAAUUUCUGAACACCAUAACUACAUUGAUCAAGAGAACUAGGCUGUAAUAACAUGGACUAUUUUACAUGUAAAACAUGUUGCAUUAUACUCGUCUUGCGUUCUAAAAAACAUUCGCAUGUGAGUGAUGUAAAUUGGGAAGAAGGCACGUCUUGUUAUAUAUGGCACUGUUAAAUCUCCAGCUCUCGGCCCCUCACUGAACAGAGCAGACAGAGAGAGGUGAGAGUGCAGCGGGAAAGCAGGACCUCGCGCUUGCAGGACAGAACUGGAGAUAUUUGGAAAGUCGCUAAGGUUUGUCCAAAAAGUCGGUAGAUUUGUCCCUAGGCAGUUUUUUUUUGUGCAAAAAAGUCACUAAAGGGG